ACCAAUGUAUCUGUAUCGGUGAUUCCGGGUUUUAUUGUAUUAGUCAUCGUUUAGUUCUGUUUUGCAAUACUUUGCAUAUAAGUCAGGCUUUAUAUUGGCUUGUCGUGAGCCCUUAUAACACCAUGAAUUUCUUCAGGAAAGAGCCCACUGUUAAAGAACAGCAGAGACAAAAUGACCGAGAACUGCGUAAAGCUUCAAGAGAACUCGACAGGGAUAAGGCCGCACUAGAGAGAGAAGAAAAAAAGCUGGAAAUGGAAAUAAAAAAAAUGGCAAAAGAAGGAAACAAUGAAGGUUGUAGAAUACUAGCCAAGCAGCUGGUGCAGUUACGGAAACAAAAGACAAGACUAUAUGCGGCCAAUAGCAAGAUUUCCAACGUUCAAAUGACAAACAAGACCAUGGGUGCCAACAUAGCCAUAGCGGGAGCCAUGGGUACCACCGCCAAGACCAUGGGAAGCAUAAACAAGGUCAUGAACCCACAACAGAUUGCCAAGGACAUGGAAGCGUUCAAACAUGCUAACGCUAGGCUGGAUAUGACAGAUGAGAUGAUUAAUGACACACUUGACGACAUAAUGCACGAAUCUGGAGACGAAGAGGAGACCGAGGGCGUUGUCAACAAGGUGCUCGACGAAAUAGGCAUCGAGAUCAGCGGAAAGAUGGCAAAUGCCCCAUCGGUGAACCGCGGCAAGCUAGGCGAGUCUACGGCUGACAAGGACAUUUUGGCGCAGCUCGCCAAACUCAAGUCAUAGAACCCUUCACCAAAGUUACUUCAAGAUUCGGCUUCCUGUUUCUGAGACUAUCUUCUUCAUUGUAGGCCUACUGUGAACAUCGAAGUUAACAAUCAGCGGGCAUAUUUGGCGCGAAUCAACUUUUUGACCGACAGUUUUAGUGUCUUGGUAACGACCAAAGAGUAUCGAGUAUUAUAGAGAGUCACUGUCGAAGUAAAAUGUGUAAUCGCAGCGUAUAGACUGCCAUCUCUUGACACAGGCUUAGAACUUUUGAACCUCAGUUUUGGCCCAUAUUCUUAG